AUGAAUUGCAUUAGUCAAAAGGGCGCACCUGGAGUUGCCUUGAGCCUAAGCGCAACUUUUACAAUGCUGCCCAAGCCUAAGAAGAUGUUCUUAAAGUAUAGUGGCCAGGCUCCUCAUGAUGGAAGGGGCUUCUCAACUGGCUUACCAGAGAGGCUGCAGUUGCCACUACUGAGGACAUUACCUGGACUUGAAAACUGUUCAAUGCUGAGGCCAGCAUAUGCUGUAGAGUAUGAUUUCCUACCUGCUCAUCAGUGCUCUAGGUCUCUUAUGACGAAGAAAAUCGAAGGACUUUUCUUCUCUGGUCAGAUAAAUGGUACAACAGGCUAUGAAGAAGCUGCUGCACAGGGAAUUAUUUCUGGAAUUAAUGCUGCUAGGCAUUCAGAUGGAAAGUCCCUCAUUGUUCUUGAGAGGGAAAGCAGUUAUAUAGGGACCUUGAUUGAUGAUCUGGUGACCAAAGAUCUCCGAGAGCCUUACCGCAUGUUAACAAGGUGA